GUUUUCUUUUCUCCCUUUUUUUCUACUUCUUUAGAAAAUGAUUAAUGCGCCAGACCCCGUAUCUAGUAGCUAUACUGAAAGUAUAUCAAGCGAACUUCAUAGGCGGAUGGAGGAGGACGAGCUUCAUCACAAACAACAGUCUGCUCAUUCCAAUUUAAGUAAUCUUAACUAUGAUCACAGGAUACCGAUAGGCACAGACAAAUCGUCGUUAGAAAUCAGUGAUCAUGUUAUGACCAGAACGCCAACAAAUUCUAACGGUGGUCCUUCAACAUAUUAUGACUCAAUUGGAGAGGAGAAUAGUAUGUAUAGCCAAGAUGGUAGCGAUUACGAAAAUGGGGAAGAUGACAAGGUCAAGAUCACGCCUUUACCUCGAGUACAAAUGAUCGUGAUAUCGAUUUUGCUAUUCAGCGAGCCUUUGACAUCUACCAUCUUAUUCCCCUUUAUCUAUUCCAUGUUGAAAGAUUUCCAUCUGUCUGAUGAUGAAAAAGAAAUAGGGAGUUAUGCGGGAUGGAUUACCUCAGUGUUUUUUAUCGCUCAAUUCAGUACAGCAAUAGUAUGGGGGAAAAUAUCGGAUCGAUAUGGAAGAAGGCCCGUCUUGCUAACAGGAUUGAUUGGUAAUUCAAUUUCGACUUGCUUGUUUGGACUUAGUAAGAACUUAUGGUGGGCUAUUGGUGCACGUGCGUUAUGUGGAAUUAUGAAUGGAAACAGUGGCGUGGCUCGUAGUACAGUCAGUGAAAUUACCGACAACACUAAUAAAGCAAAGGCUUUUAGUGUUUUUAGUGUAAUGUGGAAUACGGGUAUGAUAGGUCCUACAUUGGGCGGUUAUCUCUCAAAACCAGCAGAAAAUUUCCCAGAGUUAUUUGGUAACUGUCAAUUCUUGAAAGAUUAUCCUUACUUUUUACCAUGCUUUGUAUCUGCAUGUGGUUCAAUGAUCGGCUUUACAAUUGGGUAUUUUUAUUUGGAGGAGUCCAAUCCAAAUGUAAUUGCAAGUAAAAAAUGGGAUAAAGAUAGACUGGACAAUGAAAGAACAGCACUCUUAAAAAAUGAUGCUGAGGUAUCCAACAAAAAGAUACUUCCUAGAAGUGGAUCUAUUCGUAAUAUCACCAUGACUUCAUUUGUUAUUAUUAUAGCCAAUUCGGUCUUUGGAUUUCAUGCAAUGGUGUUCGAUGAAAUUUUGCCGCUUUAUUUUACAGCUCCUACUUAUGCAGGCGGACUUGGUAUUUCUUUAACAGAAUUUGCACAGACCUUGGCAAUUCUAGGAGUUGCCCAACUUAUAUUUCAAUUUGGAGUUUAUCCUAAAUUGACACAACGAUUCAAUAUUUUGGUUCAGGUCCGCGUAGCUUUAUUUAUGUUCGUGAUUGUCUAUACCCUAUUUCCUGAAUUAAGUACACUGAGAGAAUGGUCUGGAGCACGUUUUACCAGUGCUGUUGGGAUCGGUUGGAUUAUCCGAAUUGGGUAUUUGUCUUUGUUGCUAAUCCGGUUUUUUGGAAACUGUAUGGCCUUCACAGGGCUUAAUAUAAUGGUGAGUACAUCAGCUACUUCUGAAAUUCUGGGCACAGUAAAUGGGUAAAGUGUAAAAUGGUAAUAUAUAGACUCAGUAAAUUAAUUUAUAAAAUUCAUGUAGUAUAUCACAAUCUAGUAUGGCACUUGUUCGUGCUUUGGCACCUACUUUAGGAGGUACUUUGUGGUCAUACUCUCUCAAGGAUGGAAAUCGAUAUCCUUUUGAUCAUCAUCUGGUAUAUUAUUUGAUUGCUGUUAUAUCGUUAAUUAGUUUUAUACAAAGCUUCUCCAUACCGGACAGCGUAUCAUUAGGAGGAAGAAAGAAGUCAAGAUGAUUGAAAAAAAAUAAAAUAAAAAAAAGUCGUCAAAAUAUUAUGUAAUUUUUUA